AUGGGUCCAAAGAAGGGUUCAGACGAGAGCGUCGGCGCGUCCAAGCGUGCGACGGACAACGACCUCCGCUUCUUCGAGAGCUACCUCAAGCACAUGAACUCGGUCCCGGACGUCUCCUGGGACGAGGUCGCGGCGGACAUGGGCCUCGCCCACGGCGGCUCCGCCCGUGAGCGGUUCAGGCAGAUCAAACAAAAGCUUGGCUGGGCCGGUCCCGCUGCUACCCCGCGCGGAAACAAGCGCAAGAGCGCCGCGGCUGCCGCCGCGGCCGCCGCUGCCGAGGACGGUGAUGACUUCGAGAACCCAAGUCUCGAGACCCCUUCCAAGAAGCCUCGGGCCAAGACCGCCACGGGCCGCAAGAAGGGCAAGGGCCGGACGCCCGUCGAGGAUGUGAAGGGCGAGGAAGCCCUCGCCGACGGCGACGCCCAGGGUGACGCCUCUGCUGGCGGCGAGAAGCAAGGCGGCGGCAUCGAGUUCGUGAUGGCGGGCGAGGCGUGA